AUGACAACUGCUCCGUAUGGAAGCACAAUCCCUUGGGCGGAGCCAAGCUGGUACACCGGCCGUCCGUCCCCUUACUACAAGGACUCCCAUCGUCGUCUUCGUGACCAUGUCCGUAAAUGGACUGAAGAGCACUUCUCGGAUAAAGCAGCCGAGUGGGAAGAGAAUGGCGCCGUCCCACAGGAAAUCUACCAACAGUGCGCUGAAGCUGGUCUCCUCGUCCACAUUGCGGCGGGAAAGGCCAUUCCGAAAGAGUGGUCUUCGUACCUCGUCAUCGCGGGUAUCAAGGCUGAGGAGUGGGACGGCUUCCACGACUUCAUUCUAUGGGAUGAAUUGGUGAGGGGUGGGGGGAUUGCGAGCAUUUUCAUUGGACUGGUCGUCGGCGCGCCCCCAAUCCGCCAAUUCGCCAGCGAAGCCCUAAAAGCAGAAAUCUUCCCCCAAAAGAUCUGCCUCGCCAUCACCGAGCCCUCCUGCGGCUCCGACGUCCGCAACCUCACCACCACCGCCACCCUUACCCCCUCGGGCACGCACUAUCUCGUCAACGGCGCCAAGAAGUGGAUCACCAACGGCCUGUCCGCCGACUACUUCCUCACCGCUGUGCGCACGGGCGGGCCCGGCGCCGCGGGCAUCUCGAUGCUACUGAUCCCGCGCUUACCGGGCGUGACGACGCGGCCGCUCGCCAUCGGCGCCGGCAAGCUGGCCGCUCUGGCGUAUGUCACAUUCGAGGACGUGGAAGUGCCUGCGUCUAAUCUAAUAAGGGAAGAAGGAGCAGGGUUCAGGCAGACGAUGGUGAAUUUCAACCACGAGCGGCUGUGGAUCGUGUUCCAGGCGCUGCGGGGGUGCAGGGUGAGCAUGCAGGAUGCGAUGGCGUGGGCGCAGAAGCGGGAGGUGUUUGGGGCGAGGCUGGUGGAGCAGCCGGUGGUGCGGUGGAAGUUUGGGGGUAUGGCGAGGCGGGUGGAGGGGCUGCAGGCGUGGACGGAGCAGGUGGUGUAUGAGCUGGGGGAGCUGAGUGAGGGGGAGGGGGCGAGGUUGUUGGGGGGUGUGACGGCGUUGUUGAAGGUGGAAGCGGGGGUGGUGGGGAGGUAUGUUGCGGAUGAGUGUGUGAAGAUUAUGGGAGGGUUGGGUUUGACGAAGACGGGGCAGGGUGCGAGGGUUGAGGCGUUUUCUAGGACUGUUCCUGGUUUGAUCGUUCCUGGCGGUUCCGAAGACGUCCUCAUCGAUCUCGGUGUCCGAGAAGCACUGAAACUGCAGAAGAUAGCCGACAAAGCGAAGUUGGCGAAGUCGAAUUUGUGAAGAGAUUUUGUAGGAAAGGAUAGCUGGAUGGCUGAAGAAAGAAAACGAAAUCCGUGUAAGCCAUAUAUUUCAAAAUCUUGAAAUGGAGAGAUGAUACUAUAGUCACGUGCUCCCCAUUCUUCAUUCACGGUGAAUUGAUGAUCCUACUCCUUUGAUGUGGAAAUGUAAUUUUGAAUGAAGUAAACGAUCAAUCAGGUGA